AUAUUAGAGACAUAUUUGUCCUCGUGCAGUGCGUCUUUAAGAGCGUCUUUCGUCACGUGAUACAACAUUUCCAUCAUGGCUCCUCCGUGUACAAGGGUGCCUGAACAGUCCUGGUUUUUGUUUACUAUCAUUACUCUUUCUCUAUGCGGGACAUUACAAGGAAGCCGCGCCAGUGACAUCGACAUCUGCGAAAAUCUACAUCUGGGACAGUAUCUUUGUGUGGAUCCAAAAAUAAAUGAUGCAACACAGGAACCAGAAUCAUGCAAAGACUUAGUUGCAUGGGUGGAGUGUAAACCAGCCCCAAAUGUAACCUGCCUACUAUCCAAUGGGACAAGAUUUAAAUUCAGUGGAGAAGAAGUUGGUUUCAACAGAAGUAUUCCCUGCAGGAAUGUGAGAGGAUACUCUUACAAAGUUGCUGUAGCUUUGUCUCUCUUCCUUGGAUGGAUUGGGGCAGAUAGAUUCUACCUUGGGUAUCCAGCCUUAGGUCUGCUGAAGUUCUGCACUGUGGGUUUCUGUGGAAUUGGCAGCUUGGUGGAUUUCAUGCUAAUUGCCAUGCAAAUUGUAGGGCCAUCUGAUGGAUCAGACUACAUUGUGGAUUACUAUGGAGCUCGGCUGGUUCAUCUCUCCAUCACAAAUGAGACCUAUAGAAGAACACAGCUCUCCUUAUGAAAAGAAACAUGUGGAGAAUGUUCACAAAUCCAUAGGCCGAUUGGUAGACUGGUUUUCCCAGGAAUACCGCCAGAGCUCUUUUUCUGCAAAUGUCUUUGAUGGGAAUUCGCAUUGAAGGGCAGUGAUGCUGGACUGGGCAGUGGAUUUCUUAAGAUGCAGUGCUGCUCUUACAGCUAGACAGGGUCUGGUUUCUAUGUAAAUACUGUGUUGUAUAUAUUCUGAAUAAUAGAAUGACUAUGUGGACUGACUUGAGAGCAGUGUGAAAGACCCAAAAGAAAACGUCUCAAAAUGUCAUACUUUUAUGUCUCUUUAAUUCCUACCUUGCAUAAUUUCAUUCACCUCCAUUCAUUUGUAUCUCUGAACUCUGUAUACUUUUUUUUACCAGUGUACCAAGUUAUGAAUAUCAACAAUUUAUAGCCUAGUUCAAUUAUUUCAUCUGAGAAUCAUAAAAUAUACACAGUUCAUUAUGUUGUUGUUCACCGACAUGGACUACUUUGUACAGACACUAUAAUUGCUUUCACACAUGAAUCCCGAUUGGCUAAAUUAUAUCGCUGCCAGUCAGACAUAGUUCUAUGAAAAAAGUGCUUAUAAGGAAUAAAUAAAAUUUGAUCUUUUAAAUGCACAGUAGAUUUAGCUUUGCCAAAAACAACCAAUUAAAUGAUGAAGUCUGCCAGUGAAGGAGAUCAUGAUGUGCUGAUACUUGACAGCCCUAAAAUAGAAGGGAUCAUAGUGUGUUGGUAAAUAGAAAAUAUUGAUGUUCUUGUACACACUGUCUUCAUUUUAUGUGUUAAUAUGAUUCUGCUUUGUGGGGAGGAAGCAAACUAUGUUUACAGUUCUCAAGGAAUGUCUUCAAGAGACAUUAAGAUGACAUGAUUAACUGGGCGUUUGUUGGUUUCGUGUGGAUUGUAUGGCUGCGAGGCUACUGUGCAGCUUUUUGUUAUUUAUUACAAUAAAUUGUUGGAUUGUCA